GGGCCACAGCUGUUCUGGAGUCCUUUUUGCGCAGAAUCUCCCUCCUUGGAUCCUCUUGCCUGCAGCACAAGCCGUAGACCAACGUGGCCAAGUUCCCCGCAGCCCUGCGAAACUAAGGUAUUUGUCUCCCUCAGUUAUUCACCAGCAUGUCUUCUGGAAACGCUCAGAUUGGCAAGCCUGCGCCAGAGUUCAAGGCCACAGCUGUGGUAGAUGGCCAGUUCAAGGAAAUCAAGCUGUCUGACUACAAAGGAAAGUACGUGGUCGUCUUCUUCUACCCCUUGGACUUUACCUUCGUGUGCCCGACUGAGAUCAUCGCCUUCAGCGACAGAGCAGAGGAUUUCCGCCGCAUUAACUGUGAAGUCAUCGGCUGCUCCAUUGACUCCCAUUUCACCCACUUGGCAUGGAUCAACACACCAAGGAAAGAAGGAGGACUGGGUGCCAUGAAGAUCCCCCUUGUUGCAGACCUCACAAAGUCCAUUUCCAGAGACUAUGGCGUGUUGAAGGAGGAUGAAGGCAUCGCAUACAGGGGUUUGUUUGUGAUUGACGGUAAGGGAACCUUGAGGCAGAUCACCAUCAACGACUUGCCUGUGGGCCGCUCUGUGGAUGAGACCCUGCGUCUGGUGCAAGCCUUCCAGCACACUGACAAACACGGAGAGGUUUGUCCCGCCGGCUGGAAGCCCGGGAGCGACACAAUCAUCCCCGACGUGGAGAAGAGCAAAGCCUUCUUCUCCAAGCAGUAAAUCUCAAGGUUUUCUGUCCAGCAGAUUCUUCAUGAGUAUGGCACUUGUCUUUUUUUGGAGUGGAGGUUUUCCUGUGAAAUACUGCAGAUCUCAUCCAUUAGAACAAACUUACAAACUUCCUCUCCAGGGCCACAGUUGAUGGGAUAACCUCUUAGUCUCACGCACUGAAACUGUUGUUUAGUUUUUCCUCCCUCUUUUUUGUUUAUCAAAAAAGUGAUAUUUUUCCUUGCUGUCAUUUGCUACCAUCUCUAUUAAAAUGUGGGGAAAACAC